CCGGAAGUUCCGAAACGGAUUCCAGGUGCCAGCGAAUCCUGUAAGGUACGCGUGGAAACUGGGGAUAUGGCGGGGCACGGCCCAGCGCUCUGCCUCUUCGACGUGGACGGGACCCUGACGGCCCCGCGGCAGAAAAUUACCAAAGACAUGGAUUACUUUCUACAAAAACUGAGGCAGAAGAUCAAAGUUGGAGUCGUAGGCGGGUCGGACUUUGAGAAAGUACAGGAGCAACUGGGAAACGAUGUGGUUGAAAAAUAUGAUUAUGUGUUUCCAGAAAAUGGCUUGGUAGCAUACAAAGAUGGGAAACUCUUGUGCAAACAGAACAUUCAAGGUCACCUGGGUGAGGCCCUAAUCCAGGAUUUAAUCAACUACUGUCUGAGCUACAUCGCAAAAAUUAAACUCCCGAAGAAAAGGGGUACUUUCAUCGAAUUCCGAAAUGGGAUGUUGAAUGUGUCCCCCGUCGGAAGAAGCUGCAGCCAAGAAGAACGCAUUGAGUUCUACGAACUGGAUCAGAAAGAAAGUAUAAGACAGAAAUUCGUGGAGGAUCUGCGGAGAGAGUUUGCAGGGAAAGGCCUCACGUUUUCCAUAGGAGGUCAGAUCAGCUUUGAUGUCUUCCCUGAUGGAUGGGACAAGAGGUAUUGCCUGGGACAUGUGGAAAAGGACGGCUAUGAGACCAUUUAUUUCUUUGGUGACAAAACCAUGCCAGCCCCUGGGUGGCAACAGCCUUGGCCCAGGAGGAGCCAGGUGGCGCCUGCAUCUGCGCCGUGUCUUCUCAGGGCGGGAACGACCACGAGAUCUUCACAGACCCGAGGACGGUGGGCUACACCGUGACGGCGCCCGAGGACACACGCAGGAUCUGUGAGGAGCUCUUCUGCUGACCAUCCCUCUCCCCGUGGGAGGGGCGUCCCGCCACGCCCACCCCCAGCCCACUGUACGGUUGUCACUCGGGUCCUCACUUGGCAGGGAAAUGGCCCUCCGCCUCCAGUGCUAGAAGCAGCCAGAAGGGAGAAGAAAAGGCUUGUCAAGAAUGGUUCAAAGGACUGUCUCCAACAGAGGGUUUUGUCCCCACCCCGAGUCUCAGGACCCCCAGCCCUGCCCUGAUACGUGCGAUCACAGUACACCUGGGGUUUUUUUGUUUUUAAACUUUCCCAUCAUUCUAGAAUGAUACAGGAAGAACGAGUGUGCCUGGACCCUCCCUCUUUCCUCAUGGGUCUUGUGGAAAAUGUAACAGAUAUUCACAUUGGGACCCUGCAUCAGUACCAGGAGGGGGGCUUUGGUGAUGAGAAAGAAAGGACAAGAUGUUUACAAUGAUCUGACCCUGGGACAUGGUUAAAAACACUUCCAGAAAUGAAGCUCCCCCGUGAGAGCGCGGGCCGAGUGACCACUGACCCCAGGGACUUUGCAGCUAGCUGGCCCAGGAAGCAGGGGUAGCUCUGUAUCCACUACACUUGGAGACCCGCUGGUUUCCUAGCCAUUGGGACAGAGGCAGUGGGACCAACAACGCCGCCGAGAACAGGCACAUGGCCCUCCCGGGACGCAGCUUCGAGCCCAGGCCUAGAGACUAACUGAGGCGGUCACACUUCACCCAAAAAACCUCCUCCUGCUGUCCCCAGGGCCUGUUUGCCCUAGUUCGUCAGGGAUCAGGGGAGAGCCUGAACUAACAGAUCAGGAGCUGUACCGUUUCUCUGCCGAUGUUUGAAUAAGCCCAUCCACCCAGGCCCUCGGAGCUGCCGUGUUUGGGUCUGCAACCCUCACUCCUCCCUCCCGCCUCCUGCAAGUUCCUUGUAUAACUGGAAGGCAGCGCGGAGCCUCGUCCACAACACAGAACACGGAAGAGAGCUUUCCAAGAAAACGGUUGCUGUGUCGCUUUUGAGCAUCUUCCUCCACAGACAAGUGCCGGGGCCGGCGUCAGUCCAGGCAUGGCCUCUGCUGGGGGCUUGCAGACCUGAAUCUCAAGUGGGGAUUACAGAGGUACUCUGAGCAGCCCACCUUUCUGCCCCCACCAGGUACCUUCAUCACAGAGGAACCUGGUUCCCCCCAACCCUCCCCCAGCCUGGCUUGUCUCAGCUCAGGAUCAGCGCCAGGCUGCGAGGUCAGCCCCCUCACCUGCCCAGGGCCACACACCGGGGUGACGGUUCUCACUGGUUCCCAGGACUGUGCCGUCCUGUGGCAUCCUUCCUGGCUGAAUUUUACACAAUACUGUAAUGAUCUUUCCAAAUGAAGAGUAGCAAAUUAAAGUGAUUUUAUUGUUUCCUA